AGGUUGCUUUAUAAACCUUGAGAGUGUGAAAGAGGCUACUUACCUCAUAACUCACAUAACAAAUCAUGUUGCUUCCUUCAAUCCCCCUAUUCCUCCUCUUCACAUUUAUCCUCAUUCUCUCUGCCACCUUGCUGCGCCGCAAAGAUGAUCGGCGGCGUCCACCGGGUCCACCAGGUUUGCCGGUAAUAGGUAACCUCCACAUGCUGGGGAAGCUCCCUCACCGCACCCUCAAAACCUUAGCCAAACGAUAUGGGUCUAUCAUGACCCUUCGACUUGGACAGGUCCCGACCAUUGUGGUCUCUUCCUCUGAAGCCGCCGAGCAAUUCCUCAAGAGCCAUGACCUUGUUUUCUCUAGCCGCCCCGCAAUCCAAGCCUCCAACUACCUAUCUUACGGCUCCAAAGGGUUGGUCAUCUCUGAAUACGGUGCGUACUGGCGUAACAUGAGGAAAAUCUGUACCAUGCAACUCCUCACCAUUUCCAAAGUUGAUUCCUUUGAGUCAUUGAGGAAGAGGGAGAUGCUGCUGACGGUGACGUCCCUCGAGAAAGCUGCAAAGGCGGGUCAGGUGGUUGAUCUUAGCGAGGUGAUGCAUAACCUUUUAGAGGACAUUGUGUACAAAAUGGUGUUGGGGUGCAGUAAGGUUAGUGGGUUUGAUUUGAAAGGGCUUAUUCAACGAUUUAUGUACCUUCUUGGAGCCUUUAAUCUAGCAGAUCAUGUACCUUGUCUUGGAGCUUUGGACCUUCAGGGAUUAAAACGAAGCUUCAAGGAAACUAGUAAAGCACUUGACCAAGUUUUGGAGAAGAUAAUUCAGGAGCAUGAAAGUCGUUCCGAUGUGCAUGAUGACCGGAUCCAUAAGGACUUCAUAGAGAUUUUACUUUCCCUGAUACACCAACCCAUGGAUUCAAAUGAUGAUCAAAUCCAUGUGGUCGAUCGAACUAACAUUAAGGCCGUCCUCUUAGAUAUUAUUGUUGCGGCAUUUGAGACUUCUGCAAUUGUUGUGGAGUGGGCUUUAUCUGAGCUCCUAAAACAUCCAAGAGUGAUGAAAAACCUUCAAGAUGAGCUAGAUGAAGUGGUUGGAUUGAACAAAUUGGUGGAGGAGGCUGAUUUAGCAAAGCUGAAUUACUUGGAUGUGGUUAUCAAGGAGACCUUAAGAUUAUAUCCUCCUGGACCAUUACUCCCCCGUGAGUCAGUGGAGGAUGCUAUGGUUCAUGGUUAUUUUAUAGAGAAAAAGACAAAAAUCAUCAUAAAUUUAUGGGCUAUAGGAAGAGAUACCAAGAUGUGGUCGGAUAAUGCUGAAGAAUUUUAUCCAGAGAGAUUCACUAAUAACAAUUUCGACUAUCGCGGACACGACUUCCAAUUUAUUCCGUUUGGUUUUGGUCGCAGAGGAUGCCCUGGCAUGAACUUAGGCCUAGCUUCGGUUAAACUUGUUGUCGCUCAAUUAGUUCAUUGCUUUUGUUGGGAGCUUCCAUCAAAUACGACUCCAAAUGAAUUGGACAUGAGCGAGAAAAGUGGCUUCUCAAUACCAAGAGCUAAACACUUGUUUGCUGUACCAACAUAUCGUCUUCUUAAGAAAGCACACGAAGAAUCAUGUUAGUUUGAGGAUUAAUCUAAAGGAGAAUUGUGUUGUAGAUAAUUGUCUCGUGGUUUCCAGUUUGUUAAAUCAUCAAAUUAUAGUAGUCAGUAGUGGAUGAAUAAAGUGUUGUGCAUUAUUCAAAUUAAGGAGUGGAACGUUAAGUCACAUUUCUAAACUAUGAGCAUUAUUAGUCUCAGUUAGUUAUUAAUUA